CUCUUCUUCCUUCUUCUCCCUGUCAUGUAUUCUCUGAUCCUCCAUGGAAGAAGGUUCCUCGAGUUGCAGAAAUGUAUGCGUCAUUUGAGAUUCUCUUUGCAAAAUGAACUUCCUUUCUCUAACUCCUUCUCCUCUACUACUGCAAUCCCUCAAACUACUCUCAAAGGUAAAACCUUUACCGUCUCCUACCUCGUUGACUCACUGGGUCUAAACUCAAAACUCGCCCAAUCAAUCUCAAAGAAACUCACCCUCGAAGACGACAAAAACCCAGAUUCCGUUCUGAGCCUUCUCAAGACUCACUCUUUCACAGAUUCCCAGAUCUCCACCAUCAUUACAGAGUACCCACAAGUCCUAACCCUAGACGCUGAGAAGACUCUUUCCCCCAAGCUCAAGUUGCUUCUCUCCAGAGGAGCUUCAACCUCUGAGCUCACUGAGAUUAUCUCAAAAGUCCCAGAAAUCUUGGGGAAGAAAUCUAUCAGCAUAUACUAUGAUUCUGUCAAAUGCAUCAUGGAAGCAGACAAGACCUCCGUAACUGAUUCUUUCCCACAUGGUACUAGUUUAGAGAACAAAGUUAGAAACGUUUCUGUUCUUAGAGGAUUAGGUAUGCCUCAGAGGCUGUUACUCCCUUUGCUCAUCUCCAAAUCUCAGCCAAUUUGUGGAAAAGAAAACUUCGAUGCAUCUCUCAAGAAGGUUGUUGAGAUGGGUUUUGAUCCGACAACCUCGAAGUUUGUCUUAGCUCUGCGUAUGUUGUAUCAGAUGAGCGAGAAGACGAUUGAUGAGAAGAUUGAAGUGUAUAAGAGUUUAGGGUUUACUGUGGAAGAUAUUUGGGAGAUCUUUAGGAGCACUCCUACUUUCUUGAAAGUCUCCAAGAACAAGAUGUUGUGCUCCAUGGAGACGUUUCUAGGGUUAGGGUUUAGUAGGGAUGAGUUUGCAAUGAUGGUUAAACGCUAUCCUCCCUGCAUUGAGUAUUCUACUGAGUCGGUUAUAAAGAAGACUGAGUUUUUGUUGAAAGAGAUGAAGUGGACGGUGAAGGCUGUUGCUUUGCAUCCUCAGGUUGCUGGUUACAGCUUGGAGAAGAGGAUUGUACCGAGGUGUAAGGUUAUUAAAGUCCUCUUGUCCAAAGGGUUGAUAGGGAGUGAACUUCCUCCAGUGUCGUCUGUUUUGUCUUGUACGGAUGAGAAGUUUUUGAACAAGUAUGUGAUGAAACAUGACAUGCUAGUGCCUGAGUUGUUGGCUAUUUACAACGGAGACCAGAAGGUACUCCCGCAACAGUGAGCACAGUGAAGGUGUGUUCUACUUUUGUGUUAGUAUUUUUGUUGACAAUGUUUUUGGGAAUCAGAAGAUCGUUUGUUGAGUGUCCAUUUUUUGUGCUUUUGUAAUCUUGAGACUUGGAUCCAACCCGUUUCCUUCUGCUAUGCAGUCUGACUGGUACAAUAACAACUCGUGAUUCGAGUCUUUAAUGCUUAGCAUAGAAGAAGUAAUAAAACGGCUGCUAUUAGAAGGGCCAUGUGUCAAGACAAUAUUUUUCCCAGUGAUAUUCAUGUGUGGAUUGAUAUACAACAUGUAUGUUGGUUGCUCUUUGGAUUUCUUGUGCAGAGAUUAUAGAUUAUAUGGUCG